UGGUCAGAUAUAUUCAGUCUCUCAGCAUAGAGCUCAUAUGCUGACUGUUUAUCUCUGUGAUGCUUGUUAUGAGUUCACCCACAACCAAUGAGCCAGAGAGCUGCAGCAGCGAGGGGAGCAGCUGCACCACCUCCUCCAUCACCACCUCUGACCCGUCCUCUAUGUCCGGACACACUCGCACCGCCCCACCUUCCCUCGGCGACGCCCCUCACACCUCUAAGCAUGAAGCUCCCCCGCCUCCUCCGCUGCCGCCGCCCCCUCCGCCCCCCACCAACCACAACGCCCGGAAGAAGCGCCGCGUCCGCAGCUUCUUCUGGAAGCCGAUACCGGAGGAGAAGGUGCGAGGGAAGCCCAACAUCUGGACGAUGGCGGUGCGGCAGCAGCAGUACCAGAUAGAUGUUCGCUCCGUGGAGGAGCUGUUCGGGCAGCAGGAGGACACGGCGACGGGUAUACGAGGGGGGACACUGAACUCUGGAUCCUCGACCCGGGUCUCCAGGUCUCGCUCCUUCAAGGAGAGCAGCAAGGAUGAGAUCAGCAUCCUUGACUCCAAGAGGGGGAUGAAUGUGGGAAUUUUCCUGAAGCAGUUCAAGAAGUCCAACCGCUCCAUUGUUGAAGACAUCCGACGAGGAGAAGGGAAGACUUAUGGAGCGGAGCUGCUCAGAGACCUGCUGAAGCUCCUGCCUGACAUAGAGGAGAUCAAGAAACUCCAGGCGUUUAAAGGAGACCCGGACAAGCUGACACUGGUGGAUUCCUUUAUGUUCCUCUUGAUCCAGGUGCCUCGGUUCGAGGUUCGGAUCGAGGCCAUUGUCCUCCGCGAAGAGUUCUUCCCUUCCUGUACCGUGAUGAGCCGCGAGAUCGAUGUCGUCCGCGUCGCCACUAAAGAGCUGAUGAGCUGCGAGGAGCUUCAUGCCAUCCUGCAUCUGGUGCUGCAAGCCGGAAACAUCAUGAACGCUGGCGGUUACGCGGGCAACGCUGUGGGCUUCAAGCUUUCAUCUCUCCUCUCAUUGGCCGACACCAAAGCCAACAAGCCGGGGAUGAACCUGCUGCACUUUGUCGCCAUGGAGGCGAAGAAAAAAGACGAGAAGCUGCUCAAGUUUCCAGAGAAACUGCAGGAUGUCCAGAGUGCAACCAGAAUCUCAGUGGAAAACAUCGAGGUGGAGUUUUCCUCCUUAUAUGUUCGGAUUAAAACCCUGGAGGAGAAAAUUCAAGGAGACCAGGAGCUUCUGGAGAUGCUGGAGCCGUUUCUGCAGAGUUCAGCGCGGACGCUGCAGGACCUGAAGAGAUGCAGGCUGGACCUGCGUAAAGAGGGCAACGCUCUCAUCGACUUCUUUUGUGAAGACAAGGACACCUUUAAGCUGGACGAGUGCUUCCGCAUCUUCCAGGACUUCUGCAUCAAGUUCAAGAAAGCUGUGAAGGACAAUGCGGACCGUGAGUUAAAGGAAGCAGCCAGACAGCGUCGUCUGCGAGAGUUGGAGGAGAAGCGGUUCGCCUGGUCGGGUGCAGAUCAGAGCGGUGGAUUUGGUCGGAGCAGCAGCGAGAACGACGUGGAGAUGCUCACCAAGGAAGGCCUGCUGGACUUCUUCCAGCAGAGGUCUCAGAGCCCAAACAGUCCGCUGGGACGCUCCGCCAGCGCCCGCCGCCACCGUCACACCAUGACCUCCAUAGCGGACCGAGAUCUCCAUGGAUACCUGGAGCUAUUCGGAGGCUCUGGGAAUCCCACCGACUACUCCAAGUUCAACAGCCUACCUCGGUCGGGCCGGGCCGUGCAGCGGAGGACGACGCCCUGGAUCUUAGGCCAGGACGACAACCGUGAGCUGGGCUGCGACAGACAGGUGACGUCUCCAUGUGCGGAAACCGAGCCCAUCAGCCCGCUGGCCAGGUUUUCCUCCUCUGGGCUGAAUGAUAACGAACCAUACAACAACAAUAAUUACUCAUCUGUGUCAGAGGGCAGCGCUCUGCCUCGUCCCUUUGGUGUCUUUCAGAAAUCCGCCCAUCUCCCCAACCCAACCAUUAGCGGACACAUGAACGUCAGUUUGGAGACGCACACUUUAGUUAGAGUUCCCCAAGCUUUUGACCUCCCUAGUCCAAACAAUAACAGUAAUCCAAUGCACUUUGUCAACCACGGGGAUGUCGUGGUGAUUGAUUUAGAAAAGGAGAGACAGUCACUUCCUGUAAAUCUGGACAUCCUCCGACAUGGUAACGGUUUAGAAAGAGGAGCAGAUCCCAAGGUGGCCUGGGGAGGAAAAAUAGAUCCUCUCACACAGGCCGGCGUGUCUCCUGAGAGAGAAGAAGAGGACAACAGCACAUUUUCCUCAACAACCUGCGAUACUCCCCUCCCACUAGAUCCCUCUGUAUCCAAUAAGAAACCAAUGGUUUAUAUUCUAGACUGCACAGAAACAGACUGCUCUGUCACCUCUGAUUACUCUGAGGUCGAAAGCUUAUCUCUAACGAAAGAGGGACUUCACUUCAGAACGACUGGCUGCAGGAGAUCCGAUCCCAGCUCUCUGUCUUCUAAUUUGGAUUCCAUGUCGCCAAACAACCAGUCCACCUCAACCAGUGAGCUUUCGGCUCCAAAAUCUGUGGACGCAGCAUCCAUGACCCCGUCUGCUAUCACAGAAGAGUGGGACUCGGAGAGCUGCGACACGGCUGAGGGGAAACAAGCUGCGGAGAAAGAUGCACAGAGAAGCAGCAGAAAACCAGCGAAUGCAAAGAGCAAAGCGACGAAGAGCGGCGGAGGACGCAUCGUGCGAACGCUGACCAGCAGCGAGAGCCAGGGCAUGAGGAAAGUUGUGCCCAUUAGCAAGCUCACGAGGACGGGCGGCAUCAAGGCAGCAGAGAGAACUUUGGCGCAUGAUGGUGGAGAUUUGCGCCGGCCUCUCCGUGACCAGAGCACCCCGGCGAGAGGACGGAGCGAGAGGACCACAAGACCUCCUCGACACUCCAGUCUGCCUCCGGAUGAGUCCAAAGCUCAGAGGGGAGGCAUCACGGCCGGCGUUUCCAGAUGGGCACGCGAUUCGACCCCGAGAAAGGCUUCCACGCACAAGCCGAGCGCCAAACCGCUCAGGAACAUCCCCAAGGCUGCGCCCGAGGAGAAGAUGUGUCGCUCCACCAUGAGAGCGCUGGCUCAGGCCCAGGCUCAGGCCCAGGCCCAGGCUCAGGCUCAGGCUCAGGCCCAGGCUCAGGCUCAGGGUGGAGCUUCCUCUGAGACCAGCAGCUGUCACACGCUCAGUGCGAAGACCUCCUCCGACCUCCCCAGCUUCGCCCGCAACACCGUGGCUUCGACCUCCAGGACCAAGAAGGAGCUGGCUGCACCGUCCGUCCCCUCCACCCCGUCUCGCAGCCCCUCGCUUCCAGGUCGGCAAACCCCGGUGAAGCAGAACAGGUUGUCGCCAGCGGUUCAGACCAGCGAGGAGCGGCCACAAGGGACAAGCCUGCGACGGGUGCAAAGCGUGAAGGCAACGAGUCGCAGCGCCCACCGCAGCGAGACUCCACCGCCACCCCCAACGCGGGAAGAUGUUCGCAAGACUCAUAGCUUUUCUGAAAAGUCUGUAUAUUCUAGAGACCUGAUGACGCCCGGCAGAGGUGCUAAACCAGGCUGGAAAUAAAGCAAAUGUGGUAGAAACAAGACUGCAAAAAGACCAGAAAGAAGAGACACUUUGAUGUAAACGUUCUUCGCCUUCUACAAUGCAGACGAAUCCUCUCAUAUCAUGCAAAAGACAGGAAUCCAAAAAGACGUUUUAAGCUAUUCUCACACUUGCGGUUCCUCCAGUAGCUGAUUCUGUAUCAGGUUUACGAAUUACAAAGAGCACGAUGCAAUGAACUGCUCCGCAAGUUCCUGUUUUUGUUG